CCAAUUACUGGCCGUUCCAGCUACCGGAAUCCUCCAAACCUACCCUCCGGUAACCGUGAUACAGUGUCAUCUCCUAGAUCACGUCGAUGGCGAGAUUCGGAAGAACUCUCACUGCCGUCCGCCGCAUACUCAACGCCACGGCGGCGACUAAUCGUAGAUCGGUUCCACCGCUUCUCCCCUCCCCAAUCCGCACCGGCUCUGUUUUCCAACGAGAACACAGUUUCUGGUUUUCUAGUUAUUCGACCCUGGGCAACGGUGAUUCCGGAACGAUUCCUGUUGAUCUUUCCAGUGAAGAGAGCAAACGGCGUUUAUUUAAUAGGUUGCUGUACAGGAGCAAGCAGAGAGGAUACCUGGAAUUGGAUUUGGUACUUGGGAGAUGGGUAGAGGAGCACAUUCAUUCCAUGGAUGAAAACGGUAUUAAAGCGCUGGUGGAUGUCCUUGAUUUGGAAAAUCCUGAUCUGUGGAAGUGGUUAACGGGGCAGGAGCAACCCCCUGAUGUAGUGGGCCAAAAUCCGGUGUUCUGUGAGGUGCGUAAUAAGAUCUUGAACAACCUCAACAGCCACGCGGCUCCUGAAACUAGGGCAAUUCCUGGGCAGCCAUGGGUACGAGGAUGGGAUGACAUUAAGAAGAACCCCGGUGCCCCUAUUGCAGGGAACCAGUAGCUAUUUGGUGUUGAUAAUUCAGUUAGUAAGCAUACAGCCUCUUUAAGACAGUAAUAAGAAAACUCCCCGGUGUUGCUGGGAACCAGUUUGGUGUUGGACAAUUCUUUCUGUAGUAUAUAGUGUGCGGUGUGCCAGUGUGGACAUGUCUAAUGUAUAAUAUGAUAGGAAUGGCAGAAUAAUGUGUUUGAAUGAGAGACCCAAAUAAUUUCUUCAAAAGACAGGAGAGCUGAACUUAAUAGUUGUAUUGUAUUAUAGUUUCAGUUUCAUGGGAGAAUCCUCUCUUUGUAUGGCUUGUUGAUCUGGAGUUCUUCCAGUUUUGAAGCUCAUUGUAACUUUGUAAGUUGUUAUGCGACUAAAGGGAGGAUAAUAUCUUAUUCGAGAAGAUGUUAGGAAGAUUAGUCAAAUGGACGAUCCAUGAAUUUGAGGGUUGGUGUGGAUCAAAGAUUUGAAAAUGAAGGUUUGUGUUAAAU